AUGGAGUGUGAGACGUUCCGCCCCUUCGUGAGGGCGAGGCGCGAGGAGACGGGAAUCUCCCCGAUCUCCUCCACCGCCAGCGUCGAUCGCUCUCUCCGGAGAGAGCCGUCUCCGAGGCGGACUGAUGGGAGAGACGAGCCACCCCUCGCGAGGAGGAAGAGGACUCCAAUUCUGGAUCGAAUCAUUGCGCGAGUCGCGCCGACGGUUCCGUCACUGCCGAUGGGGGCGUCAAAUCCUCAUCCGACCUGGCUGUUUAUGAGCAGUUGGGGGCAACAGUUUGGAGCAGAAGAUUCAACCAUGGGCAGGAGCUAUUUCAGAGAGGGUUCAAGAAACACGGGAUCUCCAGUGGAAACCUGCCGCGAAAGGGAAGCUGUGCAUGCAUGAUGGCGGAGCUGUUGCUUUUGGCGUGGGCCGUGCGGGCGCUCAGGUGGAUGUGAAGUCGACUAGAACGCUCGCUCCGAGUUCAAGGAGUUGAUUGAA